UUCAACAAAAAACCAAGAUAGAAGUUUCUUUUUUGCUCUAAAAGUAUAGAUGAUGAUGGCAGCAUCUGAAAGUACUAAGAAUUUAACUAAGGCCACUACUUCCAUAACCACCACACCCACAAUUAGUACAACGAAAACGAAAUCCACAAUGAGAAAAUUUGUUGGGGUUCGUCAAAGACCAUCAGGGCGUUGGGUAGCCGAAAUUAAAGACUCGUCACAAAAGGUAAGGUUGUGGCUCGGUACUUAUGACACACCUGAAGAAGCAGCCCGAGCUUAUGAUGAGGCGGCUCGAGCCUUGAGAGGUGAAAAUGCAAGAACCAACUUUGCACCCAUGGUAUAUUCUAAUACUAGUCAUCAUAUCGACUCAAUAUCAGCUGGUUCGUUAUCUGAAUCAGACUCAAGACGCGCGCUUAGCUUUUCUUCGUUGAAAGCAAGGCUAAGCAAAAACAUACAAAGCAUCAUGGCUCGAAAUAAUGAAAAUAGGUCGUCACCAAAAAGCAGGGUUAGCGAUCAUUUCACUUUUGCAAGUAUAUUCAACUUCAAAGGCAACUACCCAUGCCAAAAUGUUGUGGGUGACAUGGAAAAAGUGGUGCAACCUAGUGUGAUCGUGCCAUCACAAACAUCCACAGAUAAAGAUGUUGCUACAACUUAUAACUCAUCUUGGGAAAGCUCAAGUAAUGUGUCUGAUUGUAGCAAUGAAUGGACGAGUUUCACUAACUUACAACACGGGUUGGACUCAUCAGAUAGCUCUGAUGUAUGUGAAGGUAGUUACUUUGGUGAUCAAAUGAUGGGAGGGUGGAUGAGUAGUCCGGACGUUAGUGAUGGUGGUUCAAGGAGUAAAAGGUUUAAGGUUUCAUCGUCGGUUUUGGUUCCUCCAAAGUUCGGUGAUCAAACUAAUGAGUCUGAUUUUCCAUGGUGAGAUUAUUAUUAAAAUAAAACUGAGUGGAAGCUUGUCAAGUUUACAAGAAGUUGAAGGGCUUAAAGCGUUUCUCUUCAAACUUUGGAAAAGUCAAGAUGCACCCCCUCUUGUUUUAUCACGUUUUAAUUCUUGUAAAAUAGAAAUUAUAUACAAUCAUAGUUUUUGCUUAUGA